AGCGUGAAGGCGCGCGCCGGCUGCUGACGUAGUUGGCGAUGCGCCGCCCUUGUCCUCCUCUUCCAUCUUCCUCCUCCUCCUCCUCCUCCUCGUCGUCGUCGGCGUCGUCCAUGGCGGCGGCGAUGUUCCGCAGCUUGCUGGUGUCGGCGGGCGGGUCCCGCGAGGCGCCGCCCUCCUCCGCGCCCUCUUCCUCGGCCGCCCCGGCCGCCCAGCCGCCGCCCGAGGCCGGCGCCGCGCUGGAGGCCCAGUUCAGCUGCCCCAUUUGCCUGGAGGUCUACCAGAGGCCCGUCCGCAUCGCGCCCUGCAGGCACACCUUCUGUGGGGAAUGCCUGCAGCCGUGCCUCCAGGUGCCGUCUCCUCUCUGCCCACUUUGCCGCAUGCCCUUUGACCCCAAAAAAGUGGAGAAGGCCUCCAGUGUCGAGAAGCAGCUCUCCUCCUUCAAGGCACCCUGCCGAGGCUGUAGCAAAAAGGUGACCCUUGCAAAGAUGAGGCCCCACGUCACGUCCUGUGCGAAGGUUCAGGAGCAAAUGGCCAACUGCCCCAAGUUCGUUCCGGUUGUCCCGACUUCCCAGCCCAUCCCCAGCAACAUCCCGAACCGGUCCACGUUCGUGUGCCCCUACUGCGGAGCUCGAAACCUCGACCAGCAGGAGCUGGUGAAGCACUGCAUGGAGAACCACCGCAACGACCCCAACAAAGUGGUUUGCCCGGUCUGCUCAGCCAUGCCUUGGGGGGACCCCAGCUAUAAGAGCGCCAACUUCCUGCAGCACCUCCUGCAUAGGCACAAGUUCUCCUACGACACGUUUGUGGACUACAACAUUGACGAAGAGGCAGCUUUGCAAGCCGCGCUGGCACUCUCCCUUGCGGAGAAUUGAAGGCGGCGGCCGCCAGGCAGCGCUCUGGAACUGGCGAGCUCCCGACGGCCUUCCGCACGGGCCCUUGCCCCUCGGCCGGAGGCCUGUGCUCCCACGCGGCAGCCCUCCUCCCUGGCUCCCGUCCCGCCUGCCCAUUCGGGCGGCCCUUCCCGCGCGGUCGGAGCCGAAGGCACUGGGUGGAGGAGCCCCGAGGGGCCUGCCGGCCUGCUCGGUUCGAACUUUCGGUUGGACAUUCCAUUCGUAACUUAAGUACGGAGGGUCUAUUUUAUUAAGAUGCUUUUAAUAAGAUUUUAGCACCGCCCGCCCUCGUUUGGUUUGCAGUUUAUAAUAGCCGCAAGGAAUUUUGUGGGGAAACCAUAGUUCGGUUUUUUUAAUCACUGUUCUUUUGGCUAACUCGUUUGGGUCCUGCUUAGUUUUUUAUUUAAAGGGAAGAACAAGCACGGGACCUUCGCAAUGGUGGGAAUAUUCGUGACACCUUGGUGUCACUCGCGAGCUUCGCCGCCACCGCCACCGGGCAACGAACUGUGGGACAGAGCAGUGCGCGGCCUGCCAGUCGGCAGCUCGGAGGUCUCGGGCCCCCCGCGCGGAGACACAGUUUCUAGCCACGAGUGUUCGGCCGCCUCGCUCUCUCCUGCCCCCCCCCGCCCCACUGUUAACCUUGCUCAUUUUGUACCAGCUUUUGUGAUACUCCGUCCAGAGGUUCUUCGUGGGUUUUUUUCUACAUCUCUCAGUGUAACAAUACUCUUUUCACAUUUUAUAGAGAGAACAAAGCAGUUAACUCUUGAUAUUGCAAUAUCUGUGUUUGAUUAGGAACAAUAGUAUUUUUAUGAAACAUUAUUUUUUAAAGUAUAUUUUUUAAAGAAACAAAAAAAUGGCACGGGUUCAAGAAUUGCAGGUGGGGAGCAGCAUGCUGGGCCCUGGAGAGGAGAAAGGCCUCUCUUUCCGACAUGAUCGCCUUCCCCGUGCCUCAUGGCCCGAGGGUCUUGUCUCCUGGAAUGAAAGAAACGCAUCUUGGAAACGACCUUUCCGAGUCUCCUUGGCUUCCAGCAGCGGACAGUAUCUCCGCCUCCCUCCCUCUCUUGCGAGCAGGAAGUGAGAGAGACGCAGGUGGGUGUCGUGGGUUGUCGUCCCCUCUUCCUUACCUUUCCGCUGCUGCUAGAAGUCCUGUGGAAGGGGUUGCCCUCCAGGUGUUCCGUUAAUGGGCCAGUACGCUAAAGUAGGCUUGAAAUAAAUAGAAAUGAAUACACUA